UGCACUCUUUAUAUAUGUACUCUUCCCAAUAUGUAUUGCAACUGCUAGGUUUUAUUUUAUCUUAUCUGAUGUCCUAGUGAAACAAAAUUCAUGUUGUUGCAAUGAGGGAUUCUAUAGGUCUAUAGUUUUUUUUUCAUACCUUGGAGACUUAGAUGACAUUCCAACUUCCUGAAAACUAUUAAUUGCGAUUCCCUACCUGUACACCAGAUGCCCUCAUAAUCUUUCACUAGACUCCCUAAUUCACCUGCUCACCUGUUCUCAUUUCCCUCAUCAGUCACUCACUACAAAUGCCAGCCCAGAGACUUUGUUCUGCAUUUCUGUUGACCAGUAUCAACAUCUGUUUAUAAGCUCUCAGUAAUGGUGAAAAUUGAAUUAUAACAAUAUGAUUAUGACUUAUCAUUGAAUUGUAACAGGUGCACCCCCAGUUCUUAUUUGGUUUCGACCGUGGAAGACCCAGGUGAGACUGGAUAUCUUUCACUUCAUGAGGCGAUUCACCUGUGGUCUCACGACAGAGCACCACCCUCUGUAUGGCAUUUUCUGCUCGAAAUUGUCCAAUUGCAUUUUUGAGUGGGACCAGGAUGACAUCGGCCGCCUCAAAGAAGCCAAAAGGUCAGAACUGAAAAAAAAGCAUACUGGUCAUGCUCCCACAGAAGUGCAAGUUCUGGCCAACAUCAGCUCCAGUGAACUGGCCAGGCAUUGCAGAAGGAGAACUCGUGGGGUUGAGGAAAUCCGUGGUCUGAUUGACGGAUUGCUGAAGUCCAUGUGGGAGCUGACAGACUCCUCAGGUUUACGCCUGAUUAACCCUGAGAGCAUGGCAAAUGUGUGGGCAGUGCAACAGAAACAUUUGCCAUGCAUCCAAGAUCCACCCGGUGUUGAACUCUACACGAAACGUGGCUCAGGGUUACAAAAGGGAGACAAGGUUCUGGAUGUCUUGAGAUGUGCCAGAGGGUCCUCUUCUGUGGAGAGCUUUCAUCGCCACCAGUGCACCUUUAUCCCAGGCUGGAGAUGUAACGCGAUGCACACUCAAAUGUACAUGCUUGAGGGUGGUUCCAGAUGGAACAUGAACCGAGCCCAUGCAGCUGUGGAUGUGAGUGGUGCAUCCAAUACCAAGAUCUACGACGUCCGCCUGAUGUCAAACCUAAAUGCCCUCAGCAACAGAGUCCUUGGUUGUGCACUCCUGCCAGAAUUCACUCCCCCUGGAAGACCCACUGAUGAGCGUGUUGCUGUGGAAUAUUUGCUGGCUCAGUCUGACAGAGGGGACCUGCUGGGUCCACAACGGCACGGUGAACUUGGCCUCAUUUUGCCAGACCUCCAGGUACAAGUUCAGGAGGAGGAGUGUCUUGAUAUCACAAUAAGUGAUGCAGCUGAGAUUCUCAAUGAGAGCCCACCUGAAGCCCCCCGGUGUGAAGAUGAGGUGGACAAUUCACCUCCUCACCGUCCUCUUCCCCAUGACAACUCACCCAACACAUCAUCCCAGGAUAGCCAAUGUGAUGUGAGAGGUGUUCCUGGUUGGGAGGCGGUUGAUAACUUGGCGGAGUACCUGGUCAACCUCAACCGCACAAUAACUGCGCUGUCAACUGCAGAGGUAGCUGAGAUUGUGCGCCUGUAUUCCAGCCUGGAUGCCAUGGAUAAAUCGCCCUCCAAAUACACUCUCAAAUGCAAGAAGAAGACCUUGACAGGGCCGUGGAGAGCUUCCAGAAAACGUAGUGGCUCUGCACCUGGUCAACAAGCAGCUGAAAGACUAUUUAUGACCCAUGGCCAGGCGGCACAGAGGCCUGAUAUGAACAGAGUCUCUGAAUGUGUUAACAUCAAGCUUUUGAAGGAGUACCAGCAAGCCAGAAAUAGGCCAAAAGACUGCAAAGGGAAAACACUGCCAAUUCCACAGUCGAUUGUGCAAACAUACUGCCAUAUAAAACAACUGCUGGAAGACAGCCGGGUUAUCCAGGACCAGACCAACUUGGUUCUGGUAACCAUUAACAACACAACAGUGUCUUCUUGGUUGCAUCAAAGACAGAAAAGGGCUGACCGGGACUCACUUUUGAAGGAGGUACAGCUUCCCCAGGUCUCUGCAGCUAGGGAGUCCUUGCCAAAAGCAAGAGAACUCCCGUCUGCACCUGGGGAACAUGGACAUUUGGUGAUGGAGUUCCAGGAGCCAGAGAAUAAGGAGGGCCAGGCAGUGAUACGCCGGCGCCAAAGCGUCAAAACUGGCUGUCCUCCUAGGUUGUUGCCUGGUUCUUCUGCCUCCUCCUCCUCAUAUGAGCAGGGUCCUCUGCCGCCUGCCCCAUCACCAUCACCUGCCUCCUCCUCAUAUGACCAGGGUCCUCUGCCGCCAGCCCCAUCACCAUCACCAUCACCUGCCUCCUCCUCAUAUAAGCAGGGUCCUCUGCCGCCAGCCCCAUCACCAUCACCAUCACCUGCCUCCUCCUCAUAUGAGCAGGGUCCUCUGCCGCCUGCCCCAUCACCAUCACCUGCCUCCUCCUCAUAUGACCAGGGUCCUCUGCCGCCUGCCCCAUCACCAUCACCUGCCUCCUCCUCAUAUGAGCAGGGUCCUCUGCCGCCUGCCCCAUCAUCAUCACCUGCCUCCUCCUCAUAUGAGCAGGGUCCUCUGCCGCCUGCCCCAUCACCAUCACCUGCCUCCUCCUCAUAUGACCAGGGUCCUCUGCCGCCUGCCCCAUCACCAUCACCUGCCUCCUCCUCAUAUGACCAGGGUCCUCUGCCGCCUGCCCCAUCACCAUCACCUGCCUCCUCCUCAUAUGACCAGGGUCCUCUGCCGCCUGCCCCAUCACCAUCACCUGCCUCCUCCUCAUAUGACCAGGGUCCUCUGCCGCCUGCCCCAUCACCAUCACCUGCCUCCUCCUCAUAUGACCAGGGUCCUCUGCCGCCUGCCCCAUCACCAUCACCUGCCUCCUCCUCAUAUGACCAGGGUCCUCUGCCGCCUGCCCCAUCACCUGCCUCCUCCUCAUAUGACCAGGAGUCCCCCUCCACCAGCCUCUACUCCUGCAUCAUCAUCCUGGCAGUGUCCCCCUCCACCAGCCCCUACUCCUGCCUCAUCAUCAUCCUGGCAGAGUCCCCCUCCACCAGCCCCUACUCCUGCCUCAUGGUACUGGCAGAGUCCCCCUCCACCAGCCUCUACUCCUGCAUCAUCAUCCUGGCAGUGUCCCCCUCCACCAGCCCCUACUCCUGCCUCAUCAUCAUCCUGGCAGAGUCCCCCUCCACCAGCCCCUACUCCUGCCUCAUGGUACUGGCAGAGUCCCCCUCCACCAGCCUCUACUCCUGCAUCAUCAUCCUGGCAGUGUCCCCCUCCACCAGCCCCUACUCCUGCCUCAUCAUCAUCCUGGCAGAGUCCCCCUCCACCAGCCCCUACUCCUGCCUCAUGGUACUGGCAGAGUCCCCCUCCACCAGCCUCUACUCCUGCAUCAUCAUCCUGGCAGUGUCCCCCUCCACCAGCCCCUACUCCUGCCUCAUGGAACUGGCAGUGUCCCCCUCCACCAGCCUCUACUCCUGCCUCAUCAUCCUGGCAGUGUCCCCCUCCACCAGCCCCAUACCCUGGCUGGUCCUCACAGCUGCCACCACCUCCAACAUCCGGGCAGUCAUUGGCCCAGGUUAA